AUGGCUACAAGCGUGGCCUCCAAGCGCCUCUUCCAAGAAUACAAGUCUCUCCUGACCAAUCCGCCCGAUGGAAUCACCGCUGGACCUGUGAGCGAGGAUGACCUCUUCGUCUGGGAAGCUCUGAUCCAAGGGCCCGAAGGCACUCCGUUCGAAGGCGGCAUUUUCCCCGCAGAACUCAAAUUCCCUAAGGAUUAUCCUCUGAACCCGCCCAAGAUGAAGUUUCUGGGUGAAAUCUGGCAUCCUAAUGUGUACACUAACGGCGAAGUCUGCAUUUCCAUCCUGCAUCCUCCCGGUGACGAUCCAAAUCAUUACGAGAGUGCCUCAGAGAGAUGGUCACCAAUCCAAAGCGUGGAGAAGAUCCUGAUAUCUGUCAUGUCAAUGCUGGCCGAGCCCAAUGAUGAGAGCCCGGCAAACGUGGAGGCAGCAAAAAUGUGGAGAGAACGACGACCAGAUUUUGAGAAGAAAGUGAGGGAAGGCGUACGACGAUCAUUAGGUUUAUGA